AUGUUCGGGAAGCGCUCUUUUGCCAGUUCAAAGGACCGCUCGUCGAGCAAGAUAACCAAGCAGCCGAAGAGGUCGUUUCGCGACACGACCAGGCAGAAGCAGAUGCUCGAGAAGAUGGAUGCGCGGAUGGACAGUCCGAUGAUGGCGAGCAGCGUCUCUCCCAAUCUCAACUCGGCCAUCGUGACCAUGGUCGUUGGUCCCGAACAGCGACUGUUCGCCGCGCACGAAGACGUGCUCUCGCACUCGCCCUUCUUCGCAUCGGCGUUGCAGGAGCAGUUCUUCGAGUCCGCCAAUCGCCGCAUCGACCUGCCCAACGAGGAGCCCGAGAUCUUCUCGUGCAUCCUCGAGUAUCUCUACAAAGGUGACUACUACCCGCGCCUGAUGCACGACAAGCGCCGCCACACCUGGAUGCUCGAGGGCGCCGUCUCCUCGCCCGACCCCAGUAAGAAGACCGGUGACCGCGCCGUCUCCACCGCAGUCGAGGCAACCUUCUUCCACCCUGGCGUGGGCGACGUCAUUCUCCGCGACACCGCCGUGUACUGCGCCGCCGAGCGGUACGGCCUCGAGGACCUGAAGCGGCUCUCGCUGCGCAAGCAAGGGCUGCAGAGCGGCAUCGAGGUCGCCACCAUCCUGCGCAGCGCGCGGUAUGCCUACGAGAACACGCCGGACAACGACUCGCGGCUGCGCGCUCAUUACCUGGCGCUCAUCAUCCGUAGCCGGAAGACGUUCAAGCGUAGCGGAACCAUGCAGAUGGAGAUGGAACAGGGGGGGAAGCUGUUCUUUGAUUUGUUCGUGGCCAUGUGCAACCAUAUCGAUGACAUUGUGGACGUGACGUGA